AUGUCAUCCGCUUGGCCUUGGCAUUUCAUCACGGUCUCCGAAGAGGAGAAAUCUCAUCGCAGGGACUUGCUUGACUUGCGCGGUGUCAUCGCGCAGGGGUCAAUCCUCGUGGUGAUUAUCGUACUUCGAGUGUACCAAGCUUGGGCCACGGCCCAGAUACCUGGAGGUGCUCCGAAGCCGCGGCGCCCAAUCUCGUGGUGGGAUCGUCCGUUAAUCACUGGAUGGCUUGAAACCCGGAGACAGUAUCUUGUCUGUGGCGUGUGGUUAUCCUGGCUCGUUGGCCUUGCUGUGUGGAACAGUGGAGAUGGUAUGUCCUCUUUGUCCCCAUCGAUAGGCAUAGAACUCCAACGAUCAAGUCGAGCAAUACCAUACUCACCCUCCACAGACUAUCUCCAUCUAACCAAAGCCCUGGGCCAUAUCGCCCUGUCCCAAGUACCCCUUCAAGUCCUGAUAUCUCCGGCAGCGUACAUCUCAACCACCAAACCAUCUGCAGCAUCCAUCUUCUCCUUCAUUACCUCCAUCCCACAGGCAACCAUAACACCCUACCACCGGCUCUUUGGUCGCGUAGUUAUCUCGCCUCUCCUCAUGGGACACGCCUCUCUUUACCUGCUAUUCUUCGUGCAAUCAAGCCACCCGGAGUUUGGCUCCCUUCUCAACAAGCGAGUCCGUGAUUUCGACGUGCAAUGCGGUCUUCUUGCACUGUCUGCGGCGGUCUCACUCCUGUUUUUUGUCCGGCCUCGCGGUGUGGCGCGAAAGAGGGACACUCAGCCAAAUCCGUCUAUCAAGGAACGGAGACAGUCAUUCUACAUUGGCCAUGUUUUGUCGGUGACUAUUUUGUGUGCUGCGGCUUAUUGGCAUGUCACCCAUGCGCGGAGGUACAUGCUUCAGGCGCUGGGGGCUUCAGUGAUCAAUGGGAUUUGCUCUAUGGUUAUGGUCCGACGGGGAGGUAGAGGAUGA